AUGGAGAACCCCCAAGUCGAGCAUUGGAUGGCAGUCAAUCGCAUUCUUCGUUAUCUACAAGGAACCAAGUCACACGACAUCUGCUUUAAACUCGACAACAAGGUGGACUUCUGUGGCCACUCGGAUGCAGACUGGGCAGGUGAUCAUAAAUACCGCAAGUUGACUCCAGGAUAUGCGUUUUUCCUGAUGGGUGCUCCGGUGAGCUGGGGAAGCAAAAAGCAAUCAAAUGUAUCGCUGUCGACGAGCGAAGCAGAGUACGUCGCGCUAAGUCUGGCAAUUCAAGAAGGCAAGUGGGUGCAUCGCCUAUUAUGCAAGAUUCUGGAUGCCGCAGAGGACAAGUCUGGACCCGAGAUCAAGAUCAUGGAAGAUAACCAAUCGUGCAUCAAGAUGACGAACAAUCCUGUGAACCAUGGUCGGACCAAGCACAUCGACAUCAAGUACCAUCACAUUCGUGAUGAAGUCAAGCCUGGUGAUGUCAAGUUGGAGUACUGUGAGACUACGAUGACGCUGGUGGACAUCAUGACGAAGGGACUGCCAGGACCGCAUCACAAGGAAUUGACGGCAGCGCUUGGCAUACACGCGUGUUCGCAUUGA